CGCGCGGAAUUCCUCCACUCUCUCUCUCUCUUGGUCGACUUAAGUCGACUCUCUCUGGCUUAGUCGCUCUCUCGUCGUUUGACUUGGUUAAGCCGUUCGCGCGAAGAUGCUGCAGUACUUGAUCUUGAGCCGCCGUGGUCGGAACAGCCCGCGAUAGUGUGUUGAGCUGAGCAAAGUCUGUCGGGGCUCAUCUCUUCUUCGCUGAUCUUCCCGUUGUUCCGUGGCGUCGUCGUCGGAAGGUUUCUAGCGCUGAUGCGCUGAGGCUGGUUUCAAGUGAAAACUAAGUGAAUAAUUGAACGGAAUUGAGAGGAAGUGAUUGCGGGCAAAGUCGGCUGAGGAUUGCUGAACGGCUGAGAUUCAGGGGUUGGAAUUUGGUGAAGAAGUGGUCGAAUAUCUCAAGAAAACCCUGAAGCAGGGGAAGAAUCCGAAUGUCUCUGUGCAAUCGGGCGAAGAAUCGCGACUAAAUAUACCGGUUUUUCGACGAGGAAGCAGCAACUAAGUACUGCGUACUGGUGUCGUCCCCCUUAUCGAAAGUCGAUAAUAAUCAAACCUCGGUCGGUACCGUGCUCCGAAAAUAGUCGACGCGCAGUGAUAAGAAGAGUCCGCGUAUCAGGUGGAAGUUCGGCCGAAGCAAGGUUGUGGAAGUUAAGCCGGUUAACGCAACGAAUCGAGAGCAAACGAGGAAACUAGAGGGAACUUGCGGCUGGACGUGAGUCAUGGAAAGUCCGGCGAGUUUGGCCUCGAGUCGAGCGCUGGAGAUUUGUAACAGCAGCAACAGCAGCAGCUAGACGAUGUGGGAGAUUUAACAUGCCACAACGCAUCGCAGCACUUGCUCAACGAAGACAACGCCGAACGUCCUCAGUGCUCCGCUCCUCAGCGACGGCCAACGGUCAGCCGAGCCCGGUGACGGAACUGGCCCGCAAAUGGACCUCGCCGAGCGGUUGCUGCUAUCGAAAGGAGAUUAUCAAGAUCCGAUCCGCACGGUCGGACCCACUCGAAGUGCUAUUACUCAGCUUAGUUAGUAAGAAGAAGAAGUGUAACAAAACCAAGUGUUCGAAGAAAUUGCCAGUGUGAAUGAGCGAAAAGUGAGUGGUUUAGAGUUAGUUAGUUGUUUAAAAUUUAAGGAAGAAAAGAGUAUACGGGAAAAAACCGGAAAAAAUGUCUCAACGAAAGAAGAUUCUGUACGGACUGUUCGGGAUCAUAAUCGGGCUGUGCGUGGGGGCGCUGUUCCGGAACUACCGGACGCUGGAGAUUGUCAGCAUGUGCAACUCGAUCAACAGCAUGAAGCAGAAGACCGCCCUCGAAAUAAUCGGCCUGCAUCCGUCCGAGAUGCCGGACAACUCGCAGCGCAAUCUGGUCUUUGUCGGGGUCAUGACCGCGAAGGACUUUCUCCAGAGCCGGGCCAAGGCCGUGUACGACACGUGGGGCAAGAACAUUCCCGGCCGGAUCGCGUUCUUCAGCUCGGAGGAAUCGGUCGCCGAGAACCUCCCACUGGUAGCGCUCCGCGGCGUUGACGAUCGCUACCCGCCGCAGAAGAAGAGCUUCAUGAUGCUGCACUACAUGUACGAGCACUACAUCGACCGGUUCGAGUGGUUCGCCCGGGCCGACGACGACGUGUUUGUGCGGACGGACAAGCUGGAGCAGUUCCUGCGGUCCAUUGACAGCUCGAAGCCGCAGUUUAUCGGCCAAGCUGGCCGCGGCAACAGCGAAGAGUUCGGGCUGCUGUCGCUGGAGUUUGACGAGAACUUUUGCAUGGGCGGUCCGGGGGUCAUCAUGAGCCGGGAAACGCUGCGAAGAGUGGCGCCCCACAUUCCAACCUGCCUCAAGAAUCUGUACAGCACCCACGAGGACGUCGAGGUGGGGCGGUGUGUGCAGAAGUUUGCCGGGAUUCCCUGUACCUGGAAUUACGAGAUGCAAUCCAUCCUGCACCACAACUCCAGCGGCAACCGUGCCUUCUCCGGGAACCUCAAGAACAAGGAGGUCCACAGUGCCAUCACGCUCCAUCCGGUCAAGCGGCCCGCCCUCAUGUACCGCCUGCACGCGUACACCCUCGGCCUCAAGGCCCAAGAGUUCCGCCAGCAGUCGCUGCUCCUCCACCGGGACAUUGCCCAGAUGACGACGCUGCUGCAAAUUCCAAAGAUCAACAAAAACCUCGCCCCGGGCGUCCCGAUCUUCCCCCAGGACGAAACCAGCCCGGCCUACCUCGGCGAUCACAACGUGCUAGGUUCAACGCCAGACCUGAACCGGCACCGACCGGCCCACCUGGGCGAGCUCAUCGAGUGGGACUUUAUCGCGAAGAGUUUGUACUCGGCGAUGCACCCGAACCCGAAGCGGAAGAUCGAGUCCUCGCUCAAGGAGGGACUCAACGAUGUGGUGAGGGAGAUCAUGGAGCACAUCAACAACUUCUCGCGGCAGCGGGGUCGCGUCAUCGAGUUCCGCGAGCUGCUGUACGGGUACAUGCGGGUCAACAGCCUGUACGGGCAGGAUCUGAUACUGGACCUGCUGUUGGUGUACAAAAAGUACCGCGGGAAGAAGAUGACGGUGCCGGUGCGGAGGCACCUGUACAUUCAGCGCUCCUUUACGGACAUUCGGGUGCGGGAGAUUACCGGUGGGGUGGUGCCGGCCCACGCCGUGACGGCGUUAGAUCGACGGAGGAUAGCGGGAGGUGGUGGUAGCGCGGAGGUGUCCAGGAUGAUGGGCACGGGGGGGAACACAACGGGAUUAGACCGCAUGCGCUCCAUCCUCAACAGCGGCUGGGAGCGCCUCUCGGACACGCUCGCCAGCCAGUUCCCCGUAGCCGCCGGAUCCGAAUUCCGCGGCCCAUCGCUCGCCCCCGCCAAAGACCGCAUAGUAUUCGUGAUUCCGCUCGCGGGCCGAUCGGAAACGUUUAUGCGCUUUUUGCGAAACUUUGAGGAAAUCGCGCUGGGCCGAGACGGGCGGACCGACCUGCUGGUGUCGAUGUACGUCGAUCCGGCGGAAUCGCCGCUCGUGACGGGACUGCUGGAUCAGCUGCGGGCGCAGUAUCCGAGGAAUCGCAUCAACUACCUGCAGCUGUACGGGAACUUUUCCCGCGGGGUCGCCCUCGAUCGUGCCAUCAAGAGUCCGUUCUGCAAGCCGGGGGACAUUCUGUUCUUCAUCGACGUCGACAUGAUCUUCACCCAGCGCACGCUGGACCGGAUACGCACGAACGUGAUCCGGAACCGGCAGGUGUACCUGCCGAUCGUAUUCAGCGAGUACGACCCGCAGCCGGAGGUGGGCGGUCGCGCCAAACUAAUCACGACGGAGCACCAUCGAAGUUCCUCCAGUUCCUUCCGGAACUUUUCCGCCCCCUAUCGGGUGUCCAACUCGAAUGGGUACUUCCGCCAGUUCGGGUACGGCCUGGCCGGAAUCUACAAGGCGGACAUCCUGCGGCCCGACAUCGGUGGCUUCAACACCGACAUCAACGGGUGGGGCCUCGAGGACGUCAAGUUUCUCGAGAACAUUAUCGCGGCCAACGUGAAGGGCAGUGCGCGCCUGCUGGACGUGGCCGACGGGAAGGUGGAUCCGUUCCAGGAUCCGCUGAGUCUGCAGCAGCACCAGCAACUGCCGCAGGAGUUGACGGUGUUCCGGGCGCCGGAUCCGUCGCUGGUGCACAUCUUCCACCCCAUCAGCUGUGAUAGAAACCUGGAGGAGGCGCAGUACCGGAUGUGCCUCGGGACGAAGGCGAACACGUUGGGGAGCUUCCGGGUGCUGGAGGAACGGUUCGUGAGGGAUCGGGAGCUGUUGCUGUACGGGAGGAGGGGGAGGGGUAGGAGGUGAGGGAGAUUAAGUUGU